AUGGCGGAUCUGAAGUCAAAGUUUCUCCAGGUCUACUCUGUUCUUAAAUCGGAGCUCUUGGAAGACCCUGCUUUUGAAUUCACCAACGACUCUCGUCAAUGGGUCGAGCGGAUGACGGACUACAAUGUUCCUGGAGGGAAGCUGAACCGGGGAUUGUCUGUUAUUGAUAGCUAUCAGCUGUUGCAAGAAGGAAGGGAAUUAACUGAAGAUGAAAUCUUCCUGGCCAGUGCUCUUGGUUGGUGCAUUGAAUGGCUUCAAGCAUUUUUUCUGGUUCUUGAUGACAUCAUGGAUGGCUCUCACACACGGCGUGGUCAACCUUGCUGGUUUAGAUUGCCCAAGGUUGGUAUGAUUGCAGUAAAUGAUGGAGUUGUACUUAGAAACCAUAUUCCAAGGAUCCUCCGAAAACACUUUAGGGAAAAGCCAUACUAUGUGGAUCUUCUUGAUUUGUUCAAUGAGGUGGAAUUUCAAACUGCUUCAGGUCAGAUGAUAGAUUUGAUCACUACUAUUCAAGGAGAAAAAGAUCUGUCCAAAUACUCUUUGUCAAUUCACCGGCGUAUUGUUCAGUACAAGACUGCCUAUUACUCGUUUUAUCUUUCAGUUGCAUGUGCAUUGCUUAUGUCAGGUGAGGAACUGGAAAACCAUAUUGAUGUAAAAAACCUUCUUAUUGAGAUGGGGAUCUACUUUCAAGUACAGGAUGAUUAUUUGGAUUGCUAUGGCAAUCCUGAAACAAUUGGUAAGAUAGGAACAGACAUUGAAGAUUUCAAGUGCUCUUGGUUGGUUGUGAAAGCUUUGGAACUUAGCAAUGAGGAACAAAAGAAAAUACUAUAUGAGAACUAUGGGAAAGCAGACCCAGAAAAUGUGGCAAAAGUAAAAGCCCUCUACAAAGAACUUGAUAUUGAGGGUGCAUUUGCGGAUUAUGAGAGCAAAAGCUAUGAGAAGCUGACGAGUGGUAUUGAAGGUCACCCUAGCAAAGCGGUGCAAGCAGUGUUGAAGUCCUUCUUGGGCAAGAUAUACAAGAGGAAGAAAUAG